AUGCGUCCUUGUAGCCUUUUGGGGCUGCUUUUGUCCGUCGUUUCUGUUUCCAAUGCCGACCCGGCAACCCUUUCGAUUGGCGACCUUGCCCAGUACUCGGCGAAGGCGAAGGAAACAUCGCCCUUGGCUGGAAGGGCCCUUGAUAUCAGGGACACGGGGAAUUCCGAGGAUGGGGUAGACGUUUACUUCUCUUCGGAACUCCAGGAUGAAGUGAAAGAGGUCAUCAAGGACCACUGUAAGGAAGUAGACAGUGACUGUAUUGUGUCUGUUCAGGGUGUGGUAGGAAGUCCAGACACCAAAAUCGAAGCUCGCCGAAAACCUCUACUGCGUGGUAGCAUCUUCGGUGCUAUUGUGGCAUUGUUGUGCACGCUCUGGCAGGGGCAGAAUCAAGACGCACCGCCAAUCAACAUCCACAUGCCUUCCCAGAUAAUGAACUCAAUGUCGGCUGUUGCCACUGAGACGGUUGUGGUCCUGGUUGGGCCGUCUGAGACACCAACUGUCACUAUCACUCAAGCGCCGGCACCCACCACUGCAACUGGACCUCUCCGGCCUUCCUUCACUAAAUUUUCUUCGUCCGAGGGCGAGCAUGCCAAAGGCGACAUGAUAAUAUCUCUGCCAGACAGGAUGGUCAACAACAUAAACAGUCACAUGAGUCUAGUCUGGCAGGGAUGUCCCGAUGGAAGGGCAUACGACAAAGAAAAGUCCCGUCGGCGACUGGAGGACUACAGUUCUGUUAUAUGCGGCGCGGAGACUAUACUCAAAGAAGCCAACCCCCGUGGCGUGUUUGUAGAUCUCCUUCUCGUCCAGGCUCACCCGCGUCUAGAAUGGACGGCUGGGGACGCCGUCCGGGCUUUGAACGUGGUGCUUGCAUUUGCCCGUAACCGCGCGAACCAUAUGGAUGUGACUUAUGAACAGGCAGCUCAGGUGGGCCAUGUUGCAUUUGCACUAGCCUGGGAAGUCUUUAUCAACGGCCAGCAAUUAACCACGCAUAACACCAUUUCCGCCGGGGAACUAGACGAAGCAAACACAGCAUCAUCAUGCUCCACAAAGACGGCCAACGACUGUGCCGUGGGAUGCUCUGUACGGGCAAACCUUGCAGUCUGCCACACGACAUGCACCAAGACAACAGGAUGCAGCGCGACAGGCACGAUUGCCACAACAACUGUUGAGCCUUGGACGCUCGCAGCACCAAGUCAACCUACCACGACAGUCACGCCAGAGCCCUCAUGUGACAUGGAUGAGUCGUCCGGCCUGCCUGCCAAUAUUUUCAAUGGCAUAUAUGACUCCUUCUGCGACGAGGUCGACGGAUUCAGCAAUCCGGCCUGGGUCGUCGACAUGGAAGGCAAUCGAAAAGACAAAGAUUUAGAGCCGAGGACACCACCCGCGAACCCGAAGAAUUAUGAAGAAUAUCGAGCAGUUCUGAGCUUUGAAGCCAGCCAGAAGGUCUGGGGUUGCUCGCUAAGUUGCAUGGAUACAUACAAACUCUUUAGCAACAGUCCAUGCGGGCGUACUGCAGGGCAACAGAAUGCCAUGGCUCGCAAGGGAUCUGUGGACGUCGGCUGUGGUACAUAUUCCUAUGAAAUUCAGAGCCACGGAGGGUCGUGUCUUGAUACUGUUGGAGUGGCAGGUCUCCUUAAUGUGCCUGAAUGCAUGUCUGACAAGAUAGUUUGA